AUGUACUUUGCCAAAAACAGCAUAAAACAGAUCACACUUAACAUCAAUGAUAUUUCCAUACGACAGGAUAAAAAACUUAAGUUUCUGGGAAGAAUUAUCUUCAAUUCUUUGUCUGUAUCUGAACACUACACAUUUAUAGAAAAUGCAGUUAUAAACAGGACUAAUCUGUUGAGAUGCCUUACCUCAAUCAAAGGAGGCCUACAUCCAAAAGUAGCCCUGAAUGUGUAUAGAAGCAUUGUCAGAUCCAAAAUUGAGUACUCAAGAACAACAACUGCCAAUUCUCCACAAUACAUUAACAACAUUAACAAAAAGGUUGAACGUCUGCAAAAUGAAAUGAUUAAAAGAUCCCUGGGAGUGCCUAAAUCCUCACCUAAUCAUGUAAUAUAUACGCUUGCUGGGGAACUACCAUCUGCACAUAGAGCUCAGUUUUUAACAGCAAAAGAGAUCAUUAGAGUGAGACUACAAAAUCCAGAAUUAUAUGAUAUCAUCGCUGACAACCCAUUGGUCAAAUCCAGCUACAGCAAAGUUUUUCAUGAUCAUGCAGAAAUUUUUGAACGGAUUAAAACGGUAGCAUAUUCCCGACAAAACUCGCUGCAUGUCAGAACCAACUUACUACCUUCUAAAAAAGAUAACACCGGUAAUGAAAUAUUACAAGCCAUUUAUAACAAGGAGAUUGCUCACUACAAAAUGCAUGACUUUGAAUUAUUCGCGACCGAUGCGUCGGUCAAAAACAAUGCCACCGGCUGUGGAAUCUACAACAUCUCCAAAAAGCAAAGAUUUCUUUUCAAGAUUGAUUUUAAAACCUCAUCCACCUUUGGCGAGCUUUUUGCCCUUAAAAAGGCUCUACAGAUUGCUGUGGAAGACAGAAAAGACAAAUGUGUCCUAUUUACAGACAGUCUUGCGGCCUGCAAGGCUUUGGCUACUGAUAACUCGGACAACUUUUUGGUUGGAGAAUUCCACAACAUUCUACGAGAUUCAAAUGUUCAACGUUGUCAUGUUAUUUGGACCCCUGGUCAUCGUGGUAUCUCUUUUAAUGAAGAGGUGGAUUAUCUCGCAAAACAAGCGGCUGAAUUUGGUGCCCCCGUUAACUCUGAGCUCUCGACUAAUGAGGCUCUAAUGAUGAUCAAACAUAAAAAUGUCAAUGACUGGAACGAUGAUUUUUCUCAAAUCUCAAUGACCAAGGGAAAAAAUUUUUUCCAAAUUUGUGGAAAUGUUUUUACACGCCCUUGGUACCUCAAUCUAAACCUAUCCUCGAAAGAUACAAAAUUAAUAAAUAGGUUGAUGGUUGGUCAGCCUUAUGACAAGGUGUUUUUACAUCGCAUUGGAGCAGUAGAUAAUGAUAUCUGCGACACGUGUGGCAGUCGGGAAGAUGCCCAACAUUGUAUUUUUGAAUGUCUGAGCGCUCUAUUCCUUGCUUUGGAUAAGCCACCUGCAUCUAUUGGACAUAUCAAAACUCUCGUGCAGUUUUGAUCAUCAUAAUAUAAACACACUGGAUUUGUCUUUAUAUACACCUUUUGGUGUUAUCGUUUUAACUACGCAAAUUGAUACACGCAC